GAAUAACAAAAGCAGCCACAGACUUUCAGGAUAGUUACACACCUUCUCCUACCUCUGUGUUUUAAUCAGCUCCAAUUUAGAAAAAUGUAACUGGAACUAAAGAGGGGUUUGCCGUCUGGAGGCUUGUGUGGAGGAGCAGCUUGUCCGGAGUAACGCUGUUACUGCUUUCGGACGUGUUUUUGUGUGUGAAUUUGGCAGCUAAGCUAGCUUUGAGGUUAGCUCCUCCUCAGCUGGCUCGUCGGUGUCUGACAGACUGUCUGACCGGGGGAUAAUCAGCCGGUGUUUACCGUCCAAAUUAACCUUACACCUCACCCUCAGCCUGCCCGGUGCUGAUCAUCUGGGAAGAGAUGGGAAGUCUGGGCAGCAGGUUCCAGUCUCCCUCACAGGGGCCAGAGGAGGCUGGAGAAGGUUCAAGUACUGGUCGCAAACACAGUUGUGAGUGUAAGAAGAGGAAAAGAAAUGCACAGUGUGACUGUGACAGUGAACAAGAGGAGGAUGAUGCCAUACUAGAUACACCUCGUAGGAAGAAACUGAAAAGCACAUCAAGAUACAUUUAUCAAACCUUGUUCCUGAAUGGUGAAAACAGUGACAUUCGCAUUUGUGCUUUGGGACAGGAGUGGAACCUCCACAAAGUGUACCUGUGCCAGUCAGGAUAUUUCUCCAGUAUGUUCAGUGGCUCUUGGAAGGAGUCUAACAUGAUGGAAAUCAACUUGGAGAUCCCGGACCAGAACAUUGACACUGAAGCUCUACAGGUCGUAUUUGGAUCCCUGUACCGGGAUGAUGUUCUGAUCAAGCCUAGCAGAGUCGUCAGUAUUCUUGCUGCUGCUUGUAUGCUACAGCUGGAUGGUUUGAUCCAGCAGUGUGGAGAGACCAUGAAGGAAAACAUCAGUGCUAAGACUGUUUGCGGCUACUACGCUUGUGCCAGUAUCUACGGCUUGGAUUCAGUCAUGAAAAAGUGUCUUGAGUGGCUUCUGAACAACCUGAUGACCCAUCAAAAUGUCGACCUGAUGAAAGAACUUGGGGCAGAGGUGAUGGAGCAGCUCAUUCAGUCCUCAGACCUGUUUGUCAUGCAGGUGGAGAUGGAUGUAUACACUGCUCUGAAAAAGUGGAUGUUUCUGCAGCUCAAUCCAUCAUGGGACGGCCCCAUCAAGCAGCUUCUGGCUGAUGCUGAUGCUUGGCUUUGCAAACGCAGGACUGACCUGUGUGAGAAAGAGCCCUUCUUGAACACAGAUGAGGGUGCACCUUUUCGUUCAGUGUUCAAAUACGUUCGUCUCCAGUACAUCAUCAACGAUCUGGCAUCUGCACGCAUCCUGGAGAGGGAUAACAUUUUGCCACCUGAUUGGCUAACGUCGGUGUACAAAAACCAGUGGUUUGCCAUGCUUCGGACAGAGUUUGACAAUGACAAUGGUCCCCAGGAAGCUAACAAAGAGGAGUUUGAGCUGAGCAGUAUGAGGUGUGGAAGGAAGCUGACAAAAGAUGGAGAUUACUGCUGGCGGUGGACAGGUUUUAACUUUGGUUUCGACCUGUUGGUGACCUACACAAACCGCUUCAUAGUCUUCAAGAGGAAUACUCUGAGUCAGCCAUGUGGGGGCGCUGUGAGUCUGCAACCUCGGAGGCAUUUGGCCUACAGGUUACGUUUGGCCUCCUUUGAUAGCCGUGGAAAGCUGGUCUGCAGUCGAUCAACAGGUUACCAGCUUCUCACCCUUGAGAAAGACCAGGAGUAUGUGGUGAUGAACCUGGACAGCCGCUUGUUAUCAUUCCCUCUCUACGUGUGCUGUAACUUCCUGUAUACGUCGCCCCAGUCGGACAACCGUCCUGAUUCCUCAGAACAAGAAAGCACUGCUCGCAGUGUGUCUUGAUGCCUGUCCAACUGCUACCAUUCCUCUGAUGACGCCGAGACACUGACACAAGCUUGUAUGUACAAUCCACUGUCAUAUUUAACACCAUUUACACAUUGGACAUAUCGUCUGCAUGCUUUGUAACUCAGUGAGGUGUGAUGGAGAAAAUGUUUUGUAUCGAUGUAUCCAGUGUUUUGGCACAUUCUGAGUAAGCUGUACAUAGAGUCUACUGUAUGAUAGACACAUCACAGUGGCCAGGAAGGAUUAGGCCACCCUUUGCCUUCAGAGCAGCUUUACUUCUCCUCGGGUCUCUGUCAGGAACUGUCUGCACUGAGAUGUCAGGCCAUUCAUCAAGAUGGAUAACCUCUAGUUUUUUUGUUUGUUUUUUGAGAUGGUGGAAAACUGCUUGGGACUCUGCACUUCAGAACUUUGAAAUAAUGGCUACUUGAUGUUUAGAUCUGGUGUUUAUGAAGACAGCAGAAAGAUUUCGCCUUAUACUUGUGUUAAUGAAACCCCUCUGGAACUGGGUUGUCAGUAUGAAUGAGAGAUUGAUUAUCCUGGAACAUGGGAACAUUGCCAGAGGGUGAAACUUGAAAUGCCUCAUCACACUGCAGGGUAAAGCUCAGACCUAGUGACUUCCAUGAAAUUAACUGGAAUACAGAUCCACUCUGGGCAAACAGAAAUUGUUGGUUAAUGUUUGGAUGUCUCCAACUAUAACCCUACAUGAUUCAAAAUGAAAGACAGCUCAGCAUUUCAUCAGAAUUAGUCCAUUGCUCAGAGGUCAGUGGAAUUUCUCAGCAUCAGUAAGAUAACUCUGAACUUAAAAGAUGAAAAACCGUAUAAUGGUCUGUUAGAAGAGCAGUUGUUGCACUGACUUGCAUGAGAAGUUUCAAGUCUGUUUGACCAUAUUUGGACUGGCGGUGCAGUCCUUCACUCUACUGAUGGGUGCAUUCGAAAACCCGUCCAGCACAGUGCCGUUAUGAGACAGGGUGGAAAUGUUUUCUACUCCAUUUCUAAUUUGCACUGAAAACUGCAUCGUUGGUUUGUACUGACUGAAUUGUUGGCUCAGUGCGGCAACCAAACAGCAUACCACGGACAACAACAGUAUUGUAGAGCGUCCAAUAAAUACUGAUAAACACAUAUCUCACAUGGCUCGUUGUGGCAGAACCCAAAUGGAAAAAGGUACUGUACAAUCUCAGCCAACACUUAAGAGCUGAUAGAGAUUCAGUGUCAUACCUGCCACCUCAUAUUUUGCCUAUUCCCCAUUUCAGCUUUCCCUGCCAUUGUUGCUACGCAGAAAGUUGCACACCAGCAGCUGAUUUAAGUGCAGCCAAUGACUACACCCAGCAGAUAUAUAACAGAUAGAUGCAGUGAAAGCAGGAUUUUCAGCCUAUUUUCAUUCUUAACUCUACAGGGUCCAUGGGUUGAUCUCGCUUUGGUCACUCAGUCUUAAGUUGGGCUUGUCUGCAUGCGGCUUCUGUUAAUGCUUUGCAAUGCAAACAUUUAAUUUAUAAAACUUAAUGUGAAAAAAAAAACAUUCAAAUGAAGCAAGUAAACCAGCAAAGUUCAAGUACAUACCUCUGAGUGAACCAGCAUUAUGAGGUCAGAAAAAGCCAGACUUAACCCAGUAAUCUUUCUUCGUGAGACAUGAGGCUCCAGGAGUCUUAAGGUGUUUGCCUCCUUUACACAGGUCACAGUUAGAAUACCUGUCACUGACACCAGCGCCCUGAUGUUCACUGCAUGCUGCAGAUAUCCAUUUAACUGUCCCCCUGCUUUUCUUUAGCAGUGCAGUCGGUUCAUUUCAUUAUAUAAACUUCAUAUUGUGUUGUACAGGCACUUGUGAGCAUAACUUUUACACUGCUCCUUUCACAGCAUCGAGAACCUUUGCAGUUAUGUUGUACUUUUUUGAUUAGUUCACUAUUUGUGCGGCAGUUUUGAAAAUUUGUUACCUCAUGUUGUUUUGAAAACUGAAUGUGGGGAUUUUCAUAAAGCAAACACGUACUGCUAAUUCAUUCUUGUCAGUAUGACACCCCUGUAUAGCUGCAACUGUAACUGUCAUCAAGUUAAAUGUUAAAGGUGUUUUUAUUUGGCAUUUAUUUAUUUUUUACUUCAUUUGUAUUUCUAUGGAUUUAUUUUUUGCAAAGGAAAAUAUGUACACAAUUCUCAACUGCCAAUAAAACUGCCCAUUCAUGUGGGCUGUGGUGCUA